AUGGACACGUGGUGUUGGCGGGAGUGUUGUGAGUACGAUUGCCCGCGAGACAAGUGUCAGUGUAAUGUCAAUAUCAAAGACCCCUACAGUGAUGCUUAUCAUGUACAGCGAGAGUUCAUCGCAGUCACGCCGAGUGCGAGAAACAGCGAGAUCUCCACCACUAUUGCUCAAAGUUCAAUAGCACCGAAACACACAAUAUCGCACGUAGCUAGCACAACGACCGCUACAACAACAAUAACAACGACAACAAAAUUAAGCACAACAACUUAUCCAGCAACAACAACAACAACCAGAAAGACGACAACUACAGAAAAAAGAGUGGAGGUAACUCCUCCCACAUCCAGUCCACAACCGGAAGUGGUGGAUGUCAGGAAAUAUCUUAAAAAUGGGAAUGUACAUAAAAAACCUCAGAAAACCAGAAUUCCUUUCAGAAAAAUACACAUCUAUAAACCUCCGGAAACCAAACCUUUAAUGAAUGGGUUCCACUCGCCGAAAAUAAUAAUAUUCAAACCUAAAAUGAAGGCUGAAAAUAAAGAUGUUGAAAAACCAACCAUUGAAAAGCUAAAUUCUGUUGAUAGUACCGUUAAGUCAAAAACGUAUUCAAAUUUGCCAUAUCCUAUUGAAAAGAAGCCAUCUGAAAAUCGAACAGAGAAAGUACAAUCAUAUAAGUCAACUACUAUCACUCCACUGGUGACAACAGCAACAACAACAUCAACAAAAGAACCUACAACACAGCAAACACAACCGAUACCACCACAGGAAUCCCCAGGGACACCACAAACGACACCACUACAAACAACAACACAAGCAUCACCACAGAAACCACCACAAAAUUCACCACAUACUACACCACAGACGCCACCACAUACACCAUCAGGAACACCACCUCCAACACCAACACAGACUUCACCACAGACACAAGCAGCUUUAACUACAACAACACAGACACAAGCAAAAACACGAAUAAACCCUAUCGAAGGUCCUAUGAUCAAUAUUCAUAAUCCCAUGGAGAUUUCUGGAAAGGACCCAACAGGUAUUCCUCUGGAGGGUUUAAAAUCGUCCCUGUUUGGCCAGUUCUUUCUAUCGAAAGUUACAGACGAUGUUGAAGAUAUCCUGGACCCUCAUAAAGACGUUGAAUACAAACCCAAUAACGUCAGCAGCUUUUUCAAUCUGGAGGAUCCUUAUCAAACGUUCCAACAGUCUGUAAGCGUCUCCCUGUUUACUAUUGAUGACACGGAAUCAACGACAGUGGAUCAAACUAACAGUCGUGUGGCGGAUUCAACUACCAGCGGGAUGGUUUAUCAACCUACAUCAGCUAUCUCAACACAAACAGAAAUCAUUUCAACUAGCAUACCAAAUCCGUCUUCAACAAAAGCACCAAAGGCAGCAACGACUACAACUGUGAUAAGGACAAGAAAAAUCGAUCUUAUACCGCCAAUAUCUCUUGUUGUCUCAAGUUCCGUCCCUUCAACCGAAACAACAACUGUAACCGAAUUAACAACUACAGCGCCUAUAGUAUCAGCAACAGUUCCUCUACCUCCACUUCCUCCUGAUAUCAAACAAUCUGGAAUAAUCAUGUUCAUUAAAAGUCAUUCUUCAACGAAUGCAACACCAACUGCAGCAACAACAUCAACACCAACAAUUACAGGGACAACACCAGCGGCAACCAAUCCCCUACCGCCAAUUCCCCCUGCUUUUAAAGAUUCCAAGAAAAUCACGUUCAAUAAAACUCCAAAUGAUUUUAAAAAAUUUAGUACAGUUCUUUGGUCCAGGAGGAGACCAUCUGUCACCGCCACGGCACCGAGUCCUUUCACAAGCCUCAGCAAGAGGAAACCAAGGAAACCAAAGCCUAGGAAGGCCAAGAAUAAGCAUCGGGUGUCUGUAGGGGAAACAACAUUAAACCUUAUCAAAGAUUCGAAAUUGACAUCGGGGUUUAACCAAAAAGCGAUUACUGAAUCUUAUCAACGAACGAAACCGUCACCAGGAACUAGUCUGGUUACAAAACCACCCGGAUCACCUAACUACCAAACUCCAAUGACUGAACAGGAUGUAGAAUCUAAGACAGCAGAGAAAGAAAUCGAGAAAACACCGAAAUCCGUGGACAGACGACAACCAGAGGAAAGCAAUACAGUUCUUCCGGCGGAUGCUCUGCCUGAUGAUAAUAUACCUAAAGUCGUUCCGUAUCUGAUAUUCUUUCCAGAUGAAAAAGUCGAAAAAUAUGAUGGCUAUUCCAGACGACAACCUACUCAACUAGAGCUCAGGCAACCCAAGAUAAUAUUCAAUUCCCAAGAGGUGGCACCCACUCAUAUAGUGGAAACUCCGUCGACCUAUCCAAUGCAACGCAUUAAAUCUAGAGACGAUGAAACCCAGAAAAAGUUCCACGGAAACGCGUCCUCAAAUAUCGAAGAGAUUCCAAAUACAACGUCAGAAGACGCACAAACCAGGAUUAAUGCUAAAAUUAGAAUCAACGAGGAAGGCCCCACAGAGUAUCCGGUGAUAACAAAUGUGAACAAAAUAAAAAACGUCACUGAAAUAUAUGGAAACUCGUCUUCGAAUUUCCAGGUGGCGCAGUUCAACAGCAUCAAAGUCAAACAGGAUGGCGGGAAAAUUUACAUGAAUGAUAAAUUUCCAACAUUUGAGCCAUAUAUCCCUAGCAAUGAAACAAAUUCAACAGAAAACAUUGAUCACCAAAAGGUGAAGAAUGUAGUGCACCACAAUUUUGUUCUGAACAGUUUGCUGGAGAAUGUUAGAGACAUUUUUAAAAAUGGUCAAUCAAAAAUCCAAUUCCUACUGAAAAGUGAGAAAGGAAACACAGAAAAGAAUCGUGUUUUGAUUUCCACAAAAAAGGAGGAGUAUCCGCAAUUGUCGAACAGUAACCUUAAAAUGACUACACUCUCGACUAUUUUGGCUACAAAGGAUCGCACUUCAGGCAUUUAUCUGAAAGAUGUGGGUGGAGAGGAUGUAAGACAUUUUCAAAGCGAGGCUCAGUCAAAUCUAGAUCUCGAAAACACCCUUGUUGACGGUGAUAUCAAGAAAACGUAUCAUCUAAAGAAAAUGUCUGAAGAAAAGGUGAAGCCAAUCAAAGACACGACACCUACAUACUAUCCGAUACUGCAGACCGUGGGAGUCUCACCCACCGAUGUGGAAUUUUCUGGUCCGACACGUGAUCCAAAGAGCACUAAAACUGCGUUACCUAUGACGUCAUUUCUUCCAAUACCGCCUCCGAUUCCUAGUGAAGAAUUGUCCUUCCAUGCUCCUAUUAGUGAUACACCUUCGCAACCAAACCCCACGGUGGAUAUUCAGGCAACUGGGCCGUCAGAUGACUACAGAGAAGAAAAAAUGACCCGAUCUGACGUUCCACCGAUUCCUUCAAUAUUUCCUUCUAAUGAACGGUCUCCUGUACCAACACCAAAACUGACGGAUCUAAAGACAACAAUAUCUUCCAAAGUUGUGACAAAACGUUUAUCAACAACCACAGUUUCGUCACCGACAACACCGACGGUUUCAUCCCUGAAAACGACGAUUUCGUCACCGACAACACCGACGGUUUCAUCCCUCAUAACGACAGUUUCGUCACCGACAACACCUACAGUUUCAUCCAUGACAACUACACCGGUAACCAUAGUCCCAGAUUUCCACGUUCCGACGAUACCGCGGGAUCUGACUACUCCUUUCUACAAAAUCAACCAGAUUUUCUUUCCGCCGGAUUUCACACAAAGAAAGUCCCUGACUGACAUCAUCAAUGUGGCUGAUCCAGAGCAGAUAGAGGGAGCGUACACACAAAGUGUUCGGCCGCAGACAUUGCAAGAAAUAGGCGCCAGCGACGUGAUGCUGUCCACGCCCUAUCACGUUAAAGAUCCAGUCUCAGUAGUUCCACUUCUCACACCCACCACAACUGUUCCACUAAACACCUCCACUCCUAGUACUCCACCUACCAUCUCCUCUUCUCAGGGAAAAUUGCCCACAGUACAUCGCUUGAUAAAGGUGAUGCCGAGUCGAAAGACCGAAAAUUUACCGCAGGAACGCUCUGGAUCGACAUUCUCUUUGACCAGGGAUGUACCAAAGAAACCCGACUCCCAGGACGGCAAGGAUGAAAGGAAAUCGAAUAACGUCAUACCCAAGAUAGAGUCGCCCCCAAUUUUCAAGCAUGCUAACGGUUCCGCGUUGAUGACAAAUGUCCACAAGAAUACCAAACACGUCAAAACGUUCCGAAAUUUCGGAAAAGACAUUUUACUGAAAAUAUUCAAGUCUCCAAAGGUGAAGAAAGAAGACGUGCUCUCCGGGAAGGUUCAGCUGCCGCGGGGGAAGAAAGCAGUUAUUCUCGAUAUCGGCCUCAUGAACAAGAUAAUGGACACAUUCAAAAGAUGGCUCACUAGCAUGAACCUUCUAGUGGUAGAAAGAUAA